AUGGAAGAGGGAUGGGUGCUGCCCAACAUGGAACAUUGCCAGAAUCCUUUUGGUCCGGUAAAAUCGGCCGUCGCUCGAGAUUGGUCUUAUAUCCCUGAGGGAUUAAAAGGCUCAGAGGGCAGGGUUAUUGAUAGGCUCAUGGCUUACCAAGGGCUCGAAGGCGUCAAAAACGGAUUUGUUCGUCUCAGAUACAAAGUUCGAGUUGCUAAAUUGCAAGGGAAAGACCCAGCACAAGACAACUACAAUGCGUUUUUCCAAGGGAACCCUGGAACCGGCAAGACGUCUGUUGCAAGGCUCUACGGCGAACUACUUGCUGCUCUUCAUAUUAUACCCUCCUCGGACUUCGUGGAAACCUCCGGAGUCAAGCUUGCAGCAAACGGCCCCUCAAAUCUCGGAUAUGACGUAGAGGGCCUCCUGACGGGCAAAGAUGACUCUGGUGUUCUAUUCGUCGAUGAAAGCUACCAACUGCUGGCAGACCAUAGCGGAAAGCAGGUCUUGGACUUGAUUCUCAAAGCCAUGUCAGACAAGAUCGGUAAACUAGUCGUCAUUUUUGCUGGAUAUAAGGAACAGAUGGAGCCUUUCUUGCAACAUAACCCUGGCCUGGAGAGUCGGAUUCCCUAUACCUUUCAUUUUGAAAAUUUAACAGCUGCCGAACUGUGGGAGCUUUUCCAUAAAACUUUGCGAGACAACUAUGCAAACAUGCAGUUUGAACGCAAGAAUGGUGGCCGGGAGUUACAAAUAGCUGUGAAUCGAUUGAUGAGAAGGUCAUCUGAGCGAUCGUUUGGGAACGCUCGUGAGGUUCAGAACUGUAUCGCAAGUAUGCACAAUCGUCAGCUUGAGCGUCUUUGGAAUGAGAGGUACAUGGGCGAUCAUUUGUCUGAUGAGAGGAUAAAACAGUAUUUCAUACUCACCCGCGACGACAUGCUCGGACCACCUCCCAAUGCAGCUUUCAGAAGCAAGGCCUGGGAUAAAUUGCAAAAUCUCGUUGGACUGGAAGACGUCAAAGAGUCGGUUGAAAGCUUGAUGAAAUCUCUCCAACACAAUUACGAACGCGAACUUCAACUAAAGCCGAUGGUACAGGUUCCACUCAAUCGUGUACUCGUUGGGCAACCAGGCACUGGAAAGACUACUGUCGCAAAGCUUUAUGGGCAGAUCCUAAGUGAUUUAGGUCUACUCAGCAGAAGUGAUGUUGUCUUCAAAUCCCCUGCGGACUUUAUUGGCUCUCACGUUGGCGAGUCCGAACAAAAGACAAUGGCGAUUCUAGACGCGACUGUUGGUAAGGUUCUGGUUAUUGAUGAAGCAUAUAUGCUAGAUGAUGGCGGUGAUAACCCAGGCAGCUUCAAGGCGAGUGUGCUUGAUACCAUCGUCGCUAAUGUUCAAGGAGACUCGAACGAAGAUCGAUGUAUCCUUUUGCUGGGAUAUGAAGAGAAUAUGGCCAACUUGAUGAGAAACAUGAAUCCAGGCCUGUCGCGUCGCUUUCAGGCUGCACGACCCUGGAGAUUCUCUAAUUUCAGUCCCUCAGAAAUGAAUCGAAUCCUCGACAGAAAGUUGCAGUUGGAACAGCUCGGUACUACGGACCGCGCCCUUGAGGUCGCGCGGGAAAUGCUCGUAAGGGCCUCGACUCGCCCUGAUUUUGCAAAUGCGUCUGAAGUGGAUCAAUGUCUUGGAGUGGCAAAAAACAACUACAUUCACCGUUUAUCGAAACUAUCUUCAGAGGAACGUUUGAGCAACCCUCUUCUGAUACCCGAAGAUUUUGAUCCUGAUCUUAAGAGAAGGGAUGAGAAUUGUGAUCAGUAUUUCAGAGGGAAACUAGGAGACGACAUCAUCCAGCGCCUUACCAAGUAUGAGUUAGUUGGUAGAGAGGCCGCGGGUCAGACGAACCCAUCCGUGCUUCUACCAAAUAGGCUGACCUUCAAGGGGCCAUCUGGCACUGGUAAAACCACAGCUGCGGAAGCUUUGGGUCGAAUUUACUAUAAUCUCGGGCUUCUAUCGUCAUCUGAAGUUGUUCAGAGCACGCCCAUGGACUUCAUUGCUCAAUAUGUUGGCCAAACCGCACCUAAAACGAGAAAGCAGCUCGAAAAGGCCCUUGGGAAGGUUCUAGUGAUCGAUGGAGCCAGUGGUCUGAGUCGUGGUCAGUAUGGCGGGGAAGCCCUGGAAGCAAUUCUGCAGUUCAUCUCCAGCCUCUCCUAUCCCAAAAUCAUGGUCAUUAUUCUAUCAGACUCAUCAAAAGAGCUUGACGUUCUUUUCAAAGAGUAUCCUUUACUUCAGGUACAAUUUGAGGAAGAAAUUGUGUUUUCGGAUCUCCUGCCAGACGACUGUAUCGGUAUGCUCAGGCAUGAGCUCGAAACUCUCUCAUUCCAGAUACAGGAUGAAUCUCCCCUCAUAGGACCGGCUAAGCUACGGGACGCGAUCCUAAGGUUGCAGCAAGCCACAGGAUUUCAAAACGCGAAAGACGUAAAGGCGCUUGCCAAGAAAGUAGCGGCAAAGGCUUUUGAACUCAAACAUAAAACUGGACUUGAGGUUCCGCCUCGAACGACCUUACGCGAGUCGAAGGAAGAGGCAUUAGUGGCCACCUACCCACUCAUCACUAAAUGUGUUCAUGAGAUGACCGAGCAACGCCGGGCCCUGUUUUUGAGAAAUCUGCAGACUAGCACAAAAGCCCAGAAGACGAGUUCUCUACUCAGCUCUUUAACUCAUUCAGCAAGUCAAUUUCUGAAGCAGAAGCCUGGUGAGAAAGACGCAAAUCAAGCGAGGGAAGACCAAAGCGAUCAACAGACUAGGGUAAAAACAAAGGCUACACAGGACAAGGAUAUAUCUACGUCUAGAGAUACAUCUAGGACUAGAGAAGGUUCGCACGACGCGGCUCAAAAAGAAGAGUCACGACAACGCAGUAACAAGCGAUCAGCUAAUGGUGACCCGGACGACAUUCCAUCGGCGAAGGUUGCGAAGUCCGAAAAUCACCAACGAGAAAAGGAGGUAUGCGACGACAACUCAAAAGCAAAGGACUCGAAGAGUAAAGUAAAGAGGUCGGUCAAAGAAAUGGAACAGUUACGAGAAAAGGAAGAAGAAGCCAUGAAACGAAAGUGUCACCAGUUAAAGCUGUGCCCAGAAGGAUGGGCAUGGAGGAAAGAAGGAACCGGAUUCCGGUGCGAGGGAGGAAGUCAUUACAUUAGCGAGGACGAGUUGAACAAAAGGUGA